AUGGAGGUGGGGAAUCAUCGCUACUCUGCCCGUCCCAUCGCAUGCACUGUGCGGGCGGACUCGUUCUCUCACACGCCCCUCGGUCGUCAUCGCAUCGCCCCAUUCGUCCUUGCCGCCCACUUUCCUUCCCUGCAGGCGUGCUUCCGGGAAAAGGACGUGCUGAACCACCGCUACUUCGCCAGGCGGGCGCUGUACCUCGCCACGCUGGCACGCCACCUGGCGGCGUGCGAUUGGGUGGCGGCAGUGGAGUGGAGCACUCUGAGGGAUGACGUGUGCAAGCCCAUCCUCCUUGUCGUCCCUCGGGCGUGCAAGAGCUGGUCUUUUCGCCUGCUGACCUGCCUGCCCCCCGCCACCUUCCCCGCCCGCAAGCUCGCCCCCGCACGCAACAACGUGCGCCAAGCCGCGUCUGCAGGAGGCGAGCUGCUGGCAACGCCGCACUACAACAUGGGUGUGCUGGAGGAUGCGGUACACACGGCCGCCCAUCACCUCGUCUCGCAUGCCAUGGGGCUCGUGCCCGCCCUGCCCCAUGCGCUCGUGCUGCUCAAGGUCUGGGCUCGCCAGCGCUACGGCACCAAGCGCCACGUGGCGCCUGCUGAUUGGCUGAACGGCUUCCAGCUGUCCCUGCUGGCAGCACACCUGGCAUCGCCCCACAACCCCCACCGCCGCAUCAUGCCUGCCAUGUCAGCAUUCCAGAUCUUCCGAUGUGUCAUCGAUGCCAUGGGCAACUCGGAUCUCCUCCAGCAGCCCAUCUUCCUCGUCGCCCCUGAUGGUUCCCCCAACGCGCUCCAGGCCAAUGCUCAGGCGCGCAGGGACAUGCAGAGGGCGUUCGACUGGCUGCUCUGCGACCCCUCAGGCACCGUCAACUUCGCCUCCCGCGUCUCCAAGUCCGCCCUCCACCAGAUUCGUCUAGACGCCCAGCACACAUACAGUGUGAUCAAGUCAGGGGGAGCACCCGCGGCAUGCCUGCCGGGGCAGGCAGUGCUGCUGGCCUUCAUGCAGCCCUGUGGCCUGCCCGACCGAUUCGAUCUAAUUGCCACAGUACACGACACGCUACCUGCAACGCCCAAAGCAGCGCUACUGCUGGACGAGCCGCCUCACCGGCGCAGGGAGGGGGCGGCAGGGAGCGUGGUGGCGAGGGGCAUGGGGGAGAGGGCCACAGCUGUGCGGGUGCACCCCAGGGAGGUGCCUUCUGGCUGGCGCCUGGAGCAGGGCCUGCCAGCACUGGACAGUGCGUCGGUGCUGAUCGGAGUCUCACUGGCGUCGCCCGAUACCGCUCUGCGCCUCGUUGACAAGGGCCCCAGCGCUGACAACAAGGCCGAGGCGCUCAAGUUCCGCACCUUCUGGGGGCCCAAGGCGGAGCUGAGGCGCUGGAAGGACGGCACCAUCACUGAGGCCGUUGCAUGGGAAGCCCCUCCCACGGAGCGCCACCUCAUCCCGGCACGCCUCAUCAGCUUCGCCCUGCAGCGCCACCUGGGGGUGGAUGAGGGCGCUGUGAGGGUGGCUGCAGGGCAGCUGGACUUUGCACUGCAGGUGGCGGGCAAGGACCCAGCAUCAUCAGCACCAGCGCUGAGCACAGCCUUUGAGCGCCUGGCCUCGCUGCUGCGCCAUCUGCCUGACCUGCCACUCUCCGUUGUCGCCCUGCACUCCCUCUCCCCCGGUGGGUGCACUCCCUCUCCCCUGCUACUUGGCGAGUGCUGCGUUGGACCGGUGGUGAUCCGUCGGUCUGCUGGAGAAGCUUCCAGUCAUGGCCCACAUGUGACUAGCCUCGCUGCUUCCUCUCCCCUUUCACUCCACCCUCCUCCCUCACCCCCCGCCCUCUCCCCCUCCGCCCUCUCCCCCUCCGCCCUCUCCCCCUCCGCCCUCUCCCCCUCCGCCCUCUCCCCCUCCGCCCUCUCCCCCUCCGCCCUCUCCCCACUCCGCCCUCCCCCUCCGUCCCAAUCCGCCCUCUCCCUUCCCCCCCCGCCGCCCCAGCUGGAGGCGUCCAGCAAGUGGCCCGAUGAUCCCAAGGCUCUCUUCCUCACACGCCACGCCUUCUGCCUGCAGAUCGCCAGCAGGUGGGGUGAGAUGAGCCCGGUGGAGGCAGUGAGAGGGGUUGAGAGCGGUUGUGGAUGUGAUGGUCGCUGGUCCUCAUGUAUGUGCCCUCAUGUGACGUGUCUUGCUCAUGUGACGUGGCUUGCUCAUGUGACGUGGCUUGCUCAUGUGACGUGGCUUGCUCAUGUGACGUGUCUUGCUCAUGUGACGUGUCUUGCUCAUGUGACGUGUCUUGCUCAUGUGACGUGGCUUGCUCAUGUGACGUGUCUUGCUCAUGUGACGUGUCUUGCUCAUGUGACGUGUCUUGCUCAUGUGCUGUGUCUUGCUCAUGUGACAUGUCUUGCUCAUUUGACAUGUCUUGCUCAUGUGACGUGUCUUGCUCCUGUGACGUGUCUUGCUCAUGUGACGUGUCUUGCUCAUGUGACGUGUCUUGCUCAUGUGCUGUGUCUUGCUCAUGUGACAUGUCUUGCUCAUGUGACAUGUCUUGCUCAUGUGACGUGUCUUGCUCAUGUGACGGGUCUUGCUCAUGUGCCGUGUCUUGCUCAUGUGCCGUGUCUUGCUCAUGUGACGUGUCUUGCUCAUGUGACGGGUCUUGCUCAUGUGACAUGCCUUGCUCAUGCUCCUCACUCCUCUCCUUCCGACUGGCGAAGAGCAAUGCGCCCUCCUCCUCCUCCUCGCACUCGCCAUCUGCAGGAGGCACACGGGGUGGCGGUGGAGGCAGCACGGGGAGCAGUGGAUGUGAUGAUUGAUGGCUUCGCCUUCCGCCUCGUGCUGCUGCAUGACUAUGCAGGAGGAGGUAGCAGUGGAGCUGCUCAUGGCACCCACCCUCACCGCCCCCAACCAAUUUCCCUCCCCUCCUACUCCUUCCUUCCCUCUUCCGUCUUUCAUUUGAAUGCUCAUGCCAGGCUAGCCAAGCAGUGGGUGGCGGCUCACCUCCUCUCAUCGCACCUUAAGGAGGAGGCAGUUGAGCUGUUGGCUAGCCAAGCGGUGGGUGGCGGCUCACCUCCUCUCAUCGCAGCUGAAGAAGCUGCUGGUGCCGCACACCCUCGCCUCACCACUCCCAUCCCUCCUUUCCCUACCUCUCCGUACCCUCCGCCCAUGCAUGCAUGCCAGGCUAGCCAAGCAGUAGCUGGCGGCUCACCUCCUCUCAUCGCAGAUGGAGGAGGAGGCGGUGGAGCUGCUGGUGCCGCACACCCUCGUUGCCUCCAACCCCUCCUCUAUCCUUCCUCUCCUCCCUCUUUGCCCAUGCAUGCCAGGCUAGCCAAGCGGCAGUGGGUGGCGGCACAUCUCUUCUCAUCGCAGCUGAAAGAAGAGGCUGUGGAGCUGCCGGUGCCACACACCCUCACUGCUCCGAUCCCUCCUUUCCCUACCUCUCCGUACCCUCCGCCCAUGCAUGCAUGCCAGGCUAGCCAAGCGGUGGGUGGCGGUUUACCUCUUUUCAUCGCACCUCAACGAGGAGGCGGUGGAGCUGCUGGUGGCUCACACCCUCACCACCUCCACUCCCUCUUUUUUCUCUACCUCCCCUUGCCCCCCCCUUAUACGCCGUCCCUCCUCCCUCGUACACAGGCUCGCCAAGCGGUGGGUUGCAGCUCACUUGCUCGCAAAGCGGUGGGUGGCAGCGCAUUUGUUCUCAUCGCACCUCAAGGAGGAGACAGUGGAGCUGCUGGUCGCUCACACGCUCACCGCUCCCACUCCCCUCUCUCUUACUCUCUUCCUCACGCCAGGCUAGCCAAGCGAUGGGUGGCAAGCCAUCUCUUUUCAUCCCAUCUGAAGGAGGCGGCGGUGGAGCUGCUGGUGGCCCACACCCUCGUUGCUCCCAACCCCCUGCUGCUGCCUGCCCCCAAGUCACGACUCGCUGGCCUCCUCAGGUUCUUCCGUCUCGUGGCGUCAUACGAUUGGCUGUCGCAGCCGCUCAUAGUGGACGUGAACAGUGCCUUCUCUCCUGAGGACGUGCAGCAGAUUCAGGCUCGUUUUGACGAGCGCCUGCCACCCCACAGGGACACCCUGGGCAGCUCAGCUCGCAGCGUGGCAAAGCGGCUCAAGCAGAGCGCAGCAGAGGGGGGAAAGGAGGGCGAGGGGGAGAAGGAGCGGCGCCCUGCCAUGUGCAUCGCCACGCCGUACGAUCGCGACGGCGCCAUGUGGACGCAUCUCGGACCGUCCGUUGAGGCUCUGGAGCGGCUAUGCGCCUUUGCCCAGAGCGCGGCUCAAGUGUUGGAACAGCUGAUUACAGGGGAUGGGGAGGAGGGGAAUGAGGGAGAGAAAACGAAAGGGGCAAAGGGGAAGGAUGUAGGCAGUGAGAAGCACAGGGCGGUGCAGUGGAAGUCACUCUUCUUGUCACCGCUCUCCACUGCAUUCGACCUCAUCAUUCGCCUACAGCCUGCGUCCCUCCCUCACCAUCAACGCGUGCUCUUCCCUGCCCCCAAGGCCCUCACCACCACCAGGGGCUGGGUACAAGUGCCCUCCUCCCUCGCUCCUACCGACCCCUCUUCCUCCACCGCCCUCGCCCCCUCUCUCCACCGCCUCUCCUCUGCCGGUCCCCCGCUGCUCAUCGGCUUCAAUCCCACGGCUCUGCUGCUCACACACUUGCAGGAACGGUUUGGAUCAAUUCUCACGUUCUGGUAUGACGGCCUGUGUGGGAGCGAGGUGAUCGGUGCCACGUGGCGCAUUCCCAUUGGUGCAACUGCUGACGGCGGUGCCGCUGCCCCAUGCCUUCCCCGACGGGCCCAGCAAGCCCACCUGCUGCCGUGCUCCCUGCAGUCCGAGCGAGAGCCCUGCAACGUCUAUGCCUUCUCCCCCGCCACCCUCCCCUCUCACCAGCUGCUCUCCUCCCCUGCUUUCCCCACCCACCAGCUGCCAUGCGGAGUGGUGAAUGUUGCUGCCAUCAUCGAUGACAUCAGCAUCAUGGGUGCUGGCCUAGUGGCGUCUGUGCAUGUGCGCCAAUAA